AUGAAGCUUACUUCUUUGUUCGCCCUCGUUGGCCUUCUGAGCACUGCUCUUGCUGUUCCGUGUCUUCGUCAGGAUCUGGUAUGUGAAUAUUCCGAUGAAUACUCUGGUUCAUACUCACCAUUAUGUAUAGAUAUCUUGAAACGUGCGGAAGAGACCGAGCAUACUACGGACACUCCUCAGAGCGCCCAAAACAGCCAGGGUGAUCAAAAAGCGAACCAAGAGGAUCAUGAUGGUCGCGAUGGCAAAUGGGUCCGCUGGCCAUUUGGAUGGCGCUGGGAAUGGAAUCACCCCCGUGGCCGCCACGGUCCCAGCGACUGGCUUGAUGAGGAUUUUUGGCGUUAA